CUCUGCUGUCAUGGGAUUGGCUGGGCCUCUGCAACCUGGCAUAAAAAGAGCUCCUCCCACUUCUUCUAAAGUGUGUUUUAUUACAAGUUUGUUUCUCAAGGAGUUUGAUUCUGGUGUGGGCAAAUAAUUCUCCACCAUGAGGCGCUUCAGCAACCAUCCAGAAGAGGCACCCAUUCCAGAAGACAAAGAUCCAGUAUCUCCAGUGCCUUUGGAAUACUCCCUCCCAGCUCCUGGGGCAUCUGGGAAAGAAGAAAGCCACACUGAUCCUCCCUCUUCAAGAGAGCAGCUGGAGGAUCUCCUCGGGAAACAACUCUCCCUCUUGUCAGAAAAGGAGACCUCUGAUGUGCAGCCUUGUCACUCUGAGGAAGAUGAACUAUGCUCGGCCAACCCAAAGAAUGCUGUCCCUGUGCCACUCGCUCAACCUGGAGCUGCUUCGUUCUCGGCUUCUAGUGUAGAGAGCCAUCAUGGCAGCGAUGCAGACCCAGCGACGUACCACACAUCUGCUGGUGCAAGUAAUGCUUCUGUCUUUGGACUCCAGAGUGUCCAAGACAUGCUCCAAGGUGCACAUGCUUCUACAGCCAAGCAGGUGGAACCCUCCCAGAGCUUGCAGUCAAAGCAAAGGAGAACCAGAUCUGUCAUUUUUCAACAAUUUGAGAGGCACAGAACAGAAACAAAUGUGGCUGUGUGCAAGCUAUGCCAGAGGCAAGUCAAGCUAUCUUCCCAGGAGAACUUCAAGAGGUUGGGCACAGCCACACUGCUUGUGCAUCUGGAGCUUUACCACUCACUCAUUGCAAUCACGAUACCAGCACUCCAAAAACAAACUGCCUGGGCUGCUGCACAGUUGCAACCUGCUGGUGAGUCUAAGAAAUCGGAGCAUUGGGGUCCUACACACCCGAUGGUGGCACUGUACAACACGGAAUUUACCUUGAUGCUAGCAGAUAUAACACAUCCAUGCCCCCUAUUGGAUUCUGGUUUUCACGAGUUUAUACUUCUGGAGGUCCCAAAGUGGAAGGUGCCUCCAUUUAGUUUCUUUGCCACGCAAGCUAUGCCAGCCUUGGAAUGUAGCCUCGUUGCAGCAAUUAAGCAAGGGCUGAGAGAGGCCCUCUGUCCUCUGGUCCAUUUCACCAUUGAUGGCUGGGAGAUUGUACCAACAGUGUGCUUUAUAUGUUUCAUAGCACACUGGGUUGUGGAUAAAGAUGGGAUUCUCUGCAGGCGCCAGGCAGUAUUGGGCUUGUUGAAAGUCCAGCAAAGCGACAUUGCUGGAAGAAUAUCCCGCUUCCUAAAAGGGAUGAGUGAGUACUGGCUCCAUCCCCUGCAGCUGGAAGUGGGAUAUGUGGCUGCAGAUUAUAGCCAAAUAGCAAAGGCGGUGGAGAAUGGUUGUCUGGCACAUAUUCCUUCCCUUGCCUACUGCCUGAAUAUGCUGACACAUGUAGUGAUGAUAAAAGUGGCAGGGGAAGAUGCUUCACUCGCAAAGCUUUUGUAUACCCUGCAGGAAAUCUGCAGACACUUCCAACAAUCCGAGGCAGCCGUGAGCGAACUGCAGUCCAAGCAUGGUCUCCCCCGGGAACAGCUGCCACAAGAGCCACCAGCAACAUGGCGAGCCAUCCUUCGUGUGAUGCAACUUCUUCUUGCCCAAGAAUGUGCCUUUCAUGAGUACCUGGAGAAAGCGGGCUGCAACCUUGCGCCCGAGGACUGGAGGUUUAUGCAACAUCUAAUCCAUCUCUUGAAGCAAUUUGAUGAUACUAUCACUACAGUUAGGAAGGAAAAUGUUACACUAGGACAAAUCCUUCAUGCACUCCAGAUGCUCGAAAGUGGGGUGAAAGGAUACCUCCAGGAGCUGCAGGGACUGGAAGAUGCUGCUGCUGUUGUCCCCUUAGCCACUGAGCUGCUGAAAUCUCUGGGAAAUAGCAAGCACCUGCAAUGCCUCAGAGAAAAUACUCUGUACCAGAAUGCAGCCUUCCUCCAUCCACACUUCAGGGAGUGUGUGUGGAUAUAUCCAAAGGGAGAUGUGGAGCAGGGAAGGGAGCAUGUGAAGGAAAGGGUGAUACUGCUGACCGAGAAGGAAUACUUGAGAAACGUGUCUAGUGGUCAUGCAACUUGCUCUUCGUCUGGUGGAACCAUAGACCCAUCCAUAGCGACUGAGGUGGCAAGAAAAGAACUGGAAUCCUACCUGCAGGACAAGAUAGACCCUACCAAGUUGGACUUGGAUCCCAUGGUCUACUGGAACACCAAGCGGCACACCUGGCCCUCCCUCUCUGUAGUGGCACUCCAGUAUUUCUCAUGUCCUCCCACCACUGUGUACUCAGACAAGGUUCUUGGGAAUGAAUGCUUAAUCGGGGCAGAGAAAAUUACAUCAAGGCUUUCACUCAUCAGCUUGAACAGGGACUGGAGAGUUGCAGAAUUCAGGGUCCCCAUGGCUGAAACAGUGGCCGCCAAUCCAUGAAUGGAGGAGAAAGAAAUGCAAUCCCUUUUAGCAGAAGUGGAUGACUGGCAACCAUUCUUAGAGGACUGGAUUUUGAAUGCGGGGUGGUGGGGUGGGAGCGGGCAUGGUGUGAUAGGGCCGUGGCAUUAUUUGGAGUCGGCAACAAGUAUCUGUCACUAUGACUGUCUUAGUCAUAGUUUUUAAAACUACGAUUGUGUCUUUUUAAACUUCUCUUUAUGAAACAGAACUGAGUUAUUUUUAAACAUACCUGACAGUUGUGUUUAGGUUAUUGACCAACGAGUAGUCUUAGUGGCUUAAUCAACUGGUGAAUGGAUCUAAUCAAUUUAAAUAAAGAUUUCUGAAUGCUCAGUA